CUCCCAGUUUCUCCGUCUUUCCCUCGGCCGGGUUGGAUGUACUCGGCGCUCGGCUCGCUCGCCUGGCUCCCCGCUCUCCCAGCCCAGGCUGCUGCUGCUCGGUGAACGGCCGGUGACAGCGGCUCCGGCAGAAGGAAGAUGGCGGCCGAGGGCAUGAUCCUCACCAAUCACGACCACCAAAUACGUGUCGGGGUCCUGACAGUGAGUGACAGUUGUUUCAGGAACCUGGCAGAAGAUCGGAGUGGCAUAAACCUCAAAGACUUAGUGCAAGAUCCUUCAUUAUUGGGCGGGACUAUAUCUGCGUAUAAGAUUGUGCCAGAUGAAAUAGAAGAUAUUAAGGAAUCAUUAAUAGACUGGUGCGAUGAAAAAGAACUUAACCUGAUUCUAACAACGGGAGGAACUGGGUUUGCCCCAAGAGACGUCACACCAGAGGCCACAAAAGAAGUAAUAGAACGGGAAGCCCCAGGAAUGGCCUUGGCAAUGCUAAUGGGAUCCCUCAAUGUUACACCCCUGGGAAUGCUCUCUAGACCAGUCUGCGGGAUCAGAGGCAAAACUCUUAUCAUCAACUUACCAGGUAGCAAGAAAGGAUCACAGGAGUGCUUUCAAUUUAUACUGCCAGCCCUACCUCACGCUAUAGACCUUUUAAAGGAUGCAAUUGUAAAAGUAAAAGAAGUCCAUGAUGAGUUGGAAGAUUUACCAUCUCCGCCACCUCCACUCUCUCCACCACCAACGACAAGCCCUCAUAAACAGACAGAAGAUAAAGGGGUGCAGUGUGAGGAAGAGGAGGAAGAGAAAAAAGACAGCGGUGUUGCAUCAACAGAAGAUAGUUCCUCUUCGCACAUAAACGCAGCAACAAUUGCAGCAAAGACCCAUCCAUCCAGCUCCCGCCAUCGUAAAGUUCACAAGAUGCCAGAACACAGUUGCACCCAUCAUGCUUCCAUCAGCACAUUGGAAAUGACCCAUCCGCCCAUCACCCGCCAUGCUGAAGUUCACAAGAUCCCAGAACACAGUUGUUCCCAUCAUGCUUCCAUCAGUGCUGCAGCAAUGACUCAUCCACCCUGUGCCAACCCUGCAGAAAUCAUGGCAAAAGGUCACAUGCCCAUUCCGGGUUCCCAUCAAUAUGCAGCCAAUGCAGUGGAGCUGAUUCCAGAUUCUAUCAUCUCUCGUGGGGUGCAGGUGCUUCCGCGGGACACGGCAUCACUAAGUACCACACCUUCUGAAUCACCACGGGCGCAGGCUACGUCAAGACUUUCUACCGCUUCCUGCCCAACGCCAAAACAAGUUAGACGGCCGGACGAAAACAAAGGUGUUACUAAUAGAGUUGGAUCCGUCAAACUUCACCGAAAACUGGAGAAUCUCAGAGAUCACCUUCAAGGCAAUGACAAAGGAUACUCUCUCCGAGUAAAUGCUCGGCUUCCUUCCUGCUCAUCCACCUAUAGUGUUUCGGAGGACAUUUGGAUUGCAGCCCCCUCCUUUUCUCAGCUCCACUAUAAAUUGGAAGGGCUUAAAGAUGAACUCAGGAGGAGUAGAGGCUGCGAAACAAGAGUCCAAUCCAGAUGUAGCAGCAAGGAAAACAUCCUCAGAGCUAGUCACAGUGCUGUCGACAUCACUAAGGUAGCAAGAAGACACCGCAUGUCUCCGUUCCCACUAACAUCCAUGGAUAAAGCCUUCAUUACAGUGCUGGAGAUGACUCCAGUUCUUGGGAUGGAAAUAAUAAAUUACCGAGAUGGAAUGGGACGCGUUCUUGCCCAAGAAGUAUAUGCAAAAGACAAUUUACCACCAUUUCCUGCAUCAGUAAAGGAUGGAUAUGCAGUAAGAGCUGCGGAUGGCCCUGGAGAUCGUUUCAUCAUUGGCGAGUCCCAAGCUGGCGAACAGCCAACUCAAACGGUGAUGCCGGGGCAAGUGAUGAGAGUAACAACUGGUGCUCCAAUUCCCUGUGGGGCUGAUGCAGUGGUACAAGUGGAAGAUACUGAGCUGAUUAGGGAGUCGGACGACGGAACAGAGGAGCUAGAAGUCCGUAUAUUGGUGCAGGUUCGUCCAGGCCAAGAUAUAAGACCAAUAGGCCAUGACAUAAAGAGAGGCGAGUGUGUACUGGCGAAGGGUACGCACAUGGGGCCCUCGGAAAUUGGCCUCCUGGCAACUGUGGGCGUCACAGAAGUUGAAGUACACAAGUUCCCAGUAGUUGCGGUUAUGUCAACAGGAAAUGAGCUGUUAAAUCCUGAAGACGAUCUUCUGCCGGGUAAAAUUCGUGACAGCAAUCGCUCUACCCUUCUAGCAACAAUUCAGGAACACGGCUACCCUACCAUCAACUUGGGCAUUGUAGGAGACAACCCAGAUGACUUAUUAAAUGCCUUAAAUGAAGGUAUCAGUCGUGCUGAUGUUAUCAUCACAUCAGGAGGUGUAUCCAUGGGAGAGAAGGAUUACCUUAAGCAGGUGCUGGAUAUUGAUCUCCAUGCACAAAUCCACUUUGGCCGAGUGUUUAUGAAGCCAGGUCUGCCGACCACCUUUGCUACGAUGGAUAUUGAUGGUGUAAGAAAAAUCAUAUUUGCACUCCCAGGCAACCCUGUGUCAGCAGUAGUUACCUGUAAUCUUUUUGUCGUACCAGCACUUAGGAAGAUGCAGGGAAUAUUGGAUCCCAGACCUACAAUCAUCAAAGCCAGGUUAUCAUGUGAUGUAAAGUUAGAUCCACGCCCAGAGUACCAUCGCUGCAUACUAACAUGGCAUCACCAAGAGCCACUGCCUUGGGCACAAAGUACAGGUAAUCAGAUGAGCAGUCGCCUGAUGAGUAUGCGCAGUGCCAAUGGACUGUUGAUGCUACCUCCAAAGACAGAACAGUAUGUGGAACUUCACAAGGGAGAGGUGGUGGACGUCAUGGUCAUCGGACGACUAUGAUGACAGCCGCAAGAGAGAAGCUUUGAUGCAUGUCCACAUAUCAUUGACUGUAUCCUGUAAUAUGCAACGGCACAGCUAGUUUUUAUGAUUUGGAUAAAGUUGAUCAGUGUAGUCAACAUCUCGAACUUAAAUUUCAACAACAACAACAACAACAAAAAAUGACUUCAAGGGAAAAAAAAAACCUACUUUUUUUUUUUCAAAAAAAUAAAUAAAUAAAAAAAACCUCUUAAAAAACCUUAUACUGAUUAUAAGGCAACUUUUCCUUCAUUGCAAUUGCUUUGUGUGUUAUAAUGCUAGGUCAAAUAGCGGUAGCUUUUAGUAGACAGCGGUAGAUGCCUGCAAAAGUUGUGUUUCUCUCAUCCUUAAAGUACAAAUACUUAAGCUCUUAAACAAGGCUGUCUGCUUAAUUUAUACUAGCUUAGAUAACACUGCUGUUUCCCUUAUCAGUAUGCUUCAUAAACGCUUCACACGAGAGCUCUGCUUGUUCUUUAUCUUGUAUAACGUGUUGAUGUGCACAGUGCCAACAGCAAAGUGGUUGAGCCCUGGAUAAAGACUUCCGUCUACUUAACAAGGAAGGAGAUACGUCCUGGCCAUCACUCCGCUCAGUACUAUUGGGCAGUAACUGAAUACCUUUUCUUUGAAAAAAAAAAUUGCUUCCUUAAGUGCUGAGAGCCUUUUUAACCAAUACAUUAAAAAAAAAAAAAUGUACAGAAAAAAAAAAAUCAAAAACUGAUCUUGUACA